CCGCGCAUUACGAUCGUGACAUGGCGUCCGAGAAGGAAGUUGACUGUUGAGGACUCGCUCGAACCAUUGUUUUUUAUGAAUUUUUAUUAUUUCCACCGCCAUAAUAAGAGCCGAGUACAUUUAAAAGAUUCUUGCAUUGAUGGUAAUGCAUGCAAGGAAACCCCAAAGGAUCAACGAUGGGUACUUCGAGAAGCACCAGACCCAUCCGUAUCAGAAUUCCAAAUACGGAGGUUCUAAAAGCUACUCAUCAGACAGAUCCUAUGGGCAUGAUCGAAUGCGGGACUCCCCUAAUGGAAACUCGUACAGAUCUGAUAGUCCAGAUUCACAAAGUCCUAGAGAAAGAAAUUAUCAAAGUAAAAGCUCCUAUCUGCAGAAAAUCAGGGACAAGGAGAGAGAUAGUCGAGACUAUAAAUCCUCGAGGGACAAAUAUUCAGAUUCAAGAUCAUCUCCAAAAAGAAGCAGAGACAGUCGAGAUUCUGAAUACAGAAGCAACCAUGACCGAGGCUCAGACGUGAGUGACAGAAGAGUAAAUUUAAAACAAGCACCUACAGCUCAUGAUUGCCAGGAGAAACGUGAUGACCGCGAUCGAGGGCCCCGAGUGGGUGAUUGGUCGGAACACAUCAGUUCAUCAGGCAAAAAGUAUUACUACAAUUGUAAAACAGAAGUAUCUCAGUGGGAAAAGCCGCGAGAGUGGCUGGACAGAGAAAGGGACAGGGGCAGGAGUUUCAAGGAGAGAGACACUGACAGGGAUAGAGGAUAUAGUAGCAGCUCGAGAAGUUCAAGUAGGACAACACAUGAUAAACAUUCCAACGCAAGGAGUAGCGGCAGUAGCAGAGACCAGAAGAGCAGUUCAAGUCGCCAGUCUGAUAGGGAAAAUUACUACCAAUCUUCAAGAGAUGAUGAGUCACACGAAAGAAGAAAACACACACUUGAUGAAUCGCAAGACAUGGAUAUUUCCCCAGGAGACAGCACACCAACUUCUGAGACGUCGUACUCACGCACGACUCCUAACACGGCUGCCUCGGAGCACCCACAUCACUCUCAUUCAAGAUUAGGUGGCCACCAUGCGACAUCGUCUGUGGCCUCCUCCACCCCAGCAACCCCUCAAAGGGGUUUUCCAGGAGGAAAGCAGCACCCCGCUCCUCAGCAGGCAAGUCCAUCUUCGACACCCACCUCAGCCUCCGCACCGCAGAUGUCACUGGCCAGUUUGCCACGACUGCUCUCACAAAUAACAGCCGCUGGCUCCAAGGGGCUUGGAGAUCAAUCGGAGCUGUCACCGCAAAAGGCGUUGCAGACAAUUCAGACGGCUCUGAUGCUCUCGCGGCAGGUCUCCCUUGAGCAGCCCAGCUUCGACGCCAACAACCACCAUGGCCUCAAUGCCCUGUCAUCAGCGUCAGCAGUCGGAGUUGCUUCAACAUCGGCGCCACAGCCUCUAAAGGUGGACACGAGCAGCGGGGCUGCGCCUGCCGAGGGGCCGCCUACGCCGACCCACUCAGAGUCACAGGACUACCAGGACCCUAGAAAAGCUAACAGUCCUCCAAGCAGCCUGAGUUCACUGCAGAGUUUAUCAGGGAGCAGCACACUGCAAGCGUUAAGGCCGCAGGGUCCGAACCUCACGCCCAGUUUGGCGAAUUUCUACAGAGAUGACCUCGUGAACCACGUCCGCGGUAUGCCAGCGGAACUUGUGGAGAAACAGGCUCAGAAGCUGAAUGACGAAGCAUACAUUCUGGGCAGCCUUCAUUGUACCAAAGUGUCCGCUGAACUUAAAAUGGCGCGCUCAAGGGUCAGGCAGACGGAAAUUCAAGCAACUUUGCAAGAACAAAGAAUUUUGUUCCUCCGUCAGCAAAUACAGAACCUUGAGGAGCUGAAGUCACAAAACUCUUUCAUGUCGGACUCAUAGUGGGAAAAUAAUUGGAAUGGAAGCGGAAAAGCUCGCUCGACGGGGUGGAUUUAGAAAUUAUAUAUUCAAUUGGGGUGGUUGCAGCAGCUAACAGGAAGUGGCGACAAUUGUUCUGUUCCUCUGAAAUGCAAAUCCUAGCACUAAUUGCUGGUUUGUGAUAAUGGACAGUGAGAAGAGUAAAAACGCGCGCGUGAAACUUCAUCAUCGAUCAUCACUGACUGUCUCUUUGGACUUUGCAUUGCAUAUAAUUUUAUUUUUUACACUUGACCAAUUCAACAGUGUCCCAUUUUAACUUGUGCUCCUGAUCGUUUUUGUCGUGCAGAGAAUCAAUCUAUUAAUCUACUAAUCAACCAGUUUGCCUCAGUCAGAAGAAAAAUCCGUUACUAAACUUCAGAUUUCUGAAUUCUGUUUUGAUGGUUCUGCAAAAGCGUGAAUUUUCUUGGUUCUUUGGUGACGCAAAAUUUGCACGAGGUGAACAGCCUUCGGGAGUUGAAAUUGUUUCUGUCUGCCUGGAACUUUUAAGGGAUGGCGCGACUGCUGAAAGUAACAGCAAGAGAGAGAGAAACCGAAAGGAAAGCGGCGGAUUCAUUGCAUUUAGAUUAAUGUUAUAGGACUUGCAUAUAAUCUUAAAGAUAAAAAAAACAAGGCUUUUUGUAAAUAAUUAACAAAAGAUGAAAAAAUUUAAUCGUAAUUAUUCGCGUUCGAAACUUCUCAAACUAUAAACAAAUCGCUCCCCUCUCUCUUCUCAUAUUUUCUUCUCCAUCAGCCAAAUUCAAUAGACCCAGUUUGAGAAGUUGUCCGACCCAUCAUUAUUUAGAUUGAGGUGUCCAAAACAACUUAAAAAGGAGAACAGCAGCAAACAUAAAUGUACUCGUCGCCAACAAAGCUGUAGAUAUUCUUUUUAUCCAAACUUUUGUCGAUUCGGUUAUCAUUGUAAAUAAUAAAACUGCCUAAAAAGCGA